AUGGCGUCAGGCCUGCUCCGUGUGCCCAUCACCCAGGGCGUCAGGCCUGCCCUUGUGCCCAUCGCUCAAGGACACACCACCUGCCCCUCUGUCCCCAUGCUAGGGGACUUCGCACCUCGCCCAACCCUUGUGCCCAUCCCCGGGGUGCCAGACAGCUCAGCCGCCCCGGCAGCGCAGGGAGCCCGGCCGGGGGACGAGGAAGAGGAGGAGGAGGAGGCCGAGGAGGAGGCAGGGGAGCGGGCAGGCAGCCCGGCCACGGAGGGAGCCUGCACGAAGCUGGACGAGGACAUCCUGGACAUCCCCUUGGACGAUCCCGACGCCAACGCGGCGGCCGCCAAGAUCCAGGCGAGUUUCCGCGGCCAUAUGACCCGCAAGAAGAUCAAAGGGGGCGAGAUCGAUCGGAAAACCAAGGACGCCGAGUGCGCCAACAGCACCCGCGGCGGCGACCUCCGCAACGGCGACUAG